AUGAUUCCCAACCAGCUGAAGGUCAGUUCUCCAGUGUACAGGCAGGAAGAAGACAAAAUGGAUAGCAGGACUGACUUUGAGCAGGACAGAGGCCGUGCCACUUCAGGGCAUGGCCAGGAGCUGAAUUUGGAGCCCUGUUUCCAGACUGACUCUCUCUUGCCUUCCUCCAAUGCAUCCCUCAUAUCACAGUUCCUCAGCCACCCGAUGUUUGGCAGGAGCCUGGACUCCACCAUCCUUUUCCCUUCCUCUCAGGCAGUGGCCCUGCCUCAGGAUGAGCAUGGUGCAUCUCCUGGAGAAGGACCACAAGCUUUGGCUUUCCCCAGAACCCAUGCCUCGGCUCCCAUGCCCUGUGCUGGUGAUGGGGACCAGCUCUCUAACCAGCACCUACGAGCCAAGAGGGCCAGAGUGGAGAGCAUCAUCCAAGGCAUGAGCCUCCCACCAACCCCUCAGGCAUUUGGCACCAACCUGGAGGCAGCUUUUAGGCAUGAGAAGGAGAGGGGUGGUGAGAUGCCCCGGGAGAACAAGAGGAAGCCGAAGGUGCCCCAGCAGGGUCUGGGAGUGGCUGGACGAGUGGCUCCCAUGGGUGACAGCUCCCAUGCCAAGGGCUGCCAGCAGCUGAAGGAGCAGCUCUGCUUUUUAGAGCAGCAGCUGAGGCGGCUUCAGGAAAAGUUCUACCAGGUCUGUGACUCUGGGGAUGCUGCCCAAACCCAGGAAGAUUCUGAGAAAGUGCAGCCACUUCCUGAAAGACCCAGAGACAGACAGGACAAGGACAGUGCCACUGUUACCAGCAACCCCUGCAAAGCACCGCUCUGGAGGAGCAUCCGGGAGGUGCGUGGGCUGGAGGAGGACGAGGACAAAUGUGACACAGGUGGCCUGCCCAUGGCAGUGAGGGUCCUUUCACAGGCACUGAAGCAUGAGUUGGCUGGGGUAACAUCCCAGGUGGUGGACUCUGUCCUGAAGACUGUCUGGCCAAAGGCAGCCAGCCACCUCCAGCAGCAGCACAACAGCUGCCUGGUGCUGGGGCCAGAUGCCAGGAGAGGGUAUUUUGCUGGUGGGAAAUGCAGAAAGCAACUUGCUAAGCCAUCUCCCAUGAAUGCACCAGGCUCACUGGGCUUAGCCCAGGCUAAAGUCCUGUCAGGAGCUCUGGAGAAGAGCCCAGGCUCUCAUGCUGGCUCCUCCAGUUCAAAGGGCAUCAGAAAAUCCUCUCAGAUACCCAGCAUGGGUUAUUCACUGAGCCCAGUCACCCCUGUCCAGGACAGCCAGCUGUUGAGCCAGCUGUUGGACUACGGCCAGCACAGCCUCUGGGGCAGCAACUCUCAUGGGAGUCCAUCUGCUCUGGAGAGGGGUCCUCCAGAGCCCCUCAGCUUGCACUGGGGAACCGUCAAACUGAGGCUUUCCUUGACUCCAAGGCACAUGCAGGACGCACUGACCCCCAGCCACCUGAAGAAGGCCAAGCUGAUGUUUUUCUUCACUCGCUACCCCAGCUCCACUCUGCUGAAGACCUACUUCCUCGAUGUGCAGUUCAGCCGCUGCAUCACCUCCCAGCUCAUCAAGUGGUUCAGCAACUUCCGUGAGUUUUACUACAUCCAGGUGGAGAAGUUUGCCCGACAGGCCCUGCUAGAGGGUGUUGUGGAUGCUUGCACCCUCCAGGUCUCUCGCGACUCAGAGCUUUUCCGUGCCCUCAACAUGCACUAUAACAAGGGGAAUGACUUUGAGGUGCCAGGGCGGUUCCUGGAGGUGGCCAGUGUGACGCUGCAGGAGUUCUUCAGUGCCGUCAGGGCAGGCAAGGAUGCCGACCCCUCCUGGAAGAAACCCAUUUACAAAAUCAUUUCUAAACUGGACAGUGACAUCCCGGAAGGGUUCAAAGCUGCCGGCUGCUCCCAGGAACUGCUCCACAGCUGAGUCUCUGUGAAAGCAGCCCCAAGUCCUGUGUGCAGCCACUAUGUGUUAAGCACCUCGUGAGCACUGUGUACAACAUACAUUAUUCUGAGUAUUCU